AUGUCGAGUACGAGAGAGAGCUCCACCGAGGCCACCAACGACAAGUACACGUUCGGCUACACGAACGAACUCUCCAACCACGAGUCCUCCCUUUCCACCGCCAAACGCCUCAGGCAACGGCUACAGCGACAACAGUCAGGACAGUCUGGAAAGUCAGGUAAUGUGUCAAACUUUGUUGUAUAAUAUAUUAUAAUAGUUUUUAUAUCUAAAAAUAUAUUAACCAUCCUAUUAUGUGUUUGCAGGAAGAAGGUACACUGGGGAGAGCAGUGAAUGCUCCUCACUUGUAGGUACCCCUACAGAAUCUGGACGAUGUUUUACUUUUACGGCGGCACAACGGAUUCUGAGGAACGAGGAGAGAAAGCCUUCCGUGAAUCAGAAUCUGUCAGAAAUGCUACUUGAUGUGAGUGCGGUUUUAAUUUUACGAAAGGUUGCAGGCAAUCCAUCUGGAUGACGUCAAUCUGGUGGACAGGCUUCUUCUGACACACAACGCCAAAGUACUCUCCACCUCCCCCAGUAUCGGCUCCACAAACACGUUUACUGAUCUGGCACAGCGUCGGCACGGUAAUCCUCGCCGUUCUAAUGCUUCGUCUACAGUUUCUACGCAUUCUGGAGGAAGGUACUGUUUUGUUCCGGGAUUGUUAGUUUAACCGUACAGGAUUUGUUAUUCAAAACGUUGUUUUUACGAAUAAUAUAAUAUUAAUAAGGUUGGUGGAGUAACUUUGCAAUUUAGAUCAACAUGUGCCGUAGUGAAUACUUUACACAUUGCUGUAGCUCACAAACAGAGGGACAUCGUGGAGUUGUUGUUGAAGACCGGAUAUGACCCUAACAACGUGGCUUCAUGUUACUGUAAAGGGAACUGUACAGCAUCUGGGAACAUACCUCUCUCUUCUAUACUACCAAGGUAGAGUAAUAUUUAUUAAUAUACAUAUAAUAAAAACUUAUCUUAACUUUGUGUGAUACAUCAUUGUAGAACCUACUCUACUGUCCCUGAAAUGUGUUCCAUCUGUUCCCAAUUGCGGGUCGUAUCUAUUAUUGACCAGACGCCCUUAGGCGUCGCUGUCAGAUCUCAAAGUCCGGAAAUGAUUGCCAUGUUGAUAGCCUACGGGGCGGACGUCAACGGCUCAGACGAAGAUGGCAACACCCCACUGAUGCUGGCGGUCAGAGAAUCACCCUUGAAUUGGAAUUGUCUGCAUACCUUAAUAUUUUUCGGGGCUAGGUAUGUUUGAUAUAACGGUAGCAGCUGUCAUACAAUAAUAUUAUGUUACGCAAUGGUUGCUUUGCAGAAUAUACCAAAAGAACAAUCGUGGCAUAUGUCCGUUGGAUCUGGCUCCAGAACUCCGCAAACUUCAAGAAUCUUGUGUAGAAAGUCUGUUCCAGACAGCGUGCUCUCCCACCGACGAAAGUGCCCAUCACCCGAGCCAAGAGCGAGUGCUGAGGACUGUGGCCAUGAUUAAUGCCAACAAACAAACCAAAAAUCUCCAUGUGGACAAUUGUAAGAGUUUGCUUCUACUGUAAUAUGAAGAUCUAUAGUAAUAUUUAAAAUUAAUUGUAAUAAAGUUUUACUUGUUGAUAAUAUAAUGCGUUUUAGCUAGUUUUUGUGAACGAGGAAGCCUAAACAAGUCUCCUUUAUCUCCACGAAACUCCACGGCACCGUCAAUCAGCACUUGUUCGAUGCUGGAUACAGGAUCCAACAAAGAAACCCGCAGGAAGUCAUUCGUAUCUCUACAGCUACAUCGUCGCAGUAAGAUACCAAAAGAGUUCUUCGAACAUAUCACCUGGGAUCAAGCGUGGGAGAUGCUGACCAAGAUGGCGUGCAACCCGGAGUGUACGGAGCUUACUUUGGUAUGUUUUAAAAUUACUGCAAUGUAUUUUUCACUUUUUAACCUUAAAAUAAUCGCUUCAUUUACAGAGAUUUCUGAACAAAUUCUGUGGCCAACUGGACGAUACAAUAGCUGAAAGAGAAUCUUUGGAUUCUCAUCUUGGCGGGCUGCUUCACCAAAUACUUCUUACGUCAAUCAACGAAUACCAACAAUCUACCCCUACGUAUCAGAGAACCAACAGAAAACAACUGGUCGGCACUCUGGUAGCUCUGGUCGACUUCUGCUACCUAUGUCUACAGAAGAACGGAGGAUGUCGUCAGUUUGCUGCUCUCAAUACCCUUAACAAGAUAAUGGACACGGGUCUUGUGAACUCACUGUACUCCUACAAUGACAUAUCAUUCCAUUCGUCGCGGCUUCUGAACCGACCAUGCGACCUUCACUACUACGACUUCGAAGAGAACAUCAGCCCCAUCAUGAACUCCAUCGACGAACCUCCAGAGCACCCAGUAGCCAACAACAACUGCAACAUGGACAGACGGUUAACCAUAGAGCACAUCAAAGAGAUCACGGGACAAGGCUCCGGCUUCAAAAAGUUUAUCUACGGAAACUCUGAUAACGCCGCUCCCAGCUUCAGUCAGUCUCCGAUAGACUUGUCCUCGAGAUUCUCACAAAUGGAUCCCAGUAUCAUCAUAGCAUGUCUCCAUAACGCUAUCACGAUGCACAACCGUGAAGCUGGAGCCAGAAGCGUAUGUUCUCCUGCACACAGAUGGAGGCAAUGUUCUAAUCAUUGUACCCAGAUUCUUGUAGCCAGGCUUCUGCUGUUCCUGUCCAACUACAAAGACUUCAGAAAGAAACUCAGCGAUCGUCAUGAAAUCAAGACCCUUACCCAGCUACUGGAACCAACGUUAGAUCCACAACUUCUGUGCCUUCUACUUCAAACCUUGGCCAUUGUAGCUUUAGACCCGGCUACACACGAUUUGUUUAUUGAACUACAAAUUGAUGAUGUUCUUAUGCAAAUGCUACUCCCAGCUGACGACUGGUACUACACCAACCACAGUACCAAGUUCGGCUACUUUGUGAAACAUCAUGCAGCUCGUAUCUUGGUUUACAUUGGUCUUGGCCACAGAGUCGGAAACCGAGUAAACCUAUUCCAACCGAUUGACAACAUCAUGAACGACCCUAAAAAGGCCCACAGUACCAACUCUCAGAACGAGGACGACUACAUCUUCGAAACGUGCAAAACGGCACAUUUGCUUCAAGAUGGCAACAGAACGGCCAUGUCCGUGGAGGGGAUAUUGGACAAGAUAUUAAGAGAGGUAAGCUAUAAUCCCACCCCGGAUUAUGUUUAUUUUAGUUAGCCACUAAUGCCAUCAGUACAACAUCCGAGCCAAUAACCGAGGAACCCUCCAGCACGUCUCCACCGGCUGUAGACCCAAACAUAAGGGAAGAAGUUGAACAUCCAUUACCCGUUUACACUGAUAAUGGCGCUGUGAUCACGAUAACACCGUCAAGCAGAAACACUAGCUGUGUAGGCAGUAGCCAGCUGAUAAUACCUUUAGGACAUACUCUUACUCUCCCAACCCAACGAGUUUUGAUCUCGUUGAAUAACCUCGAGACUCACUUAUGCAAAUUCUCCAUGAUCUUCGAUUCCAUGUUGAUCUUGAGAGUACUCCUCCACAAGUUGUCGUGGGACCUAAGCUUGGUGGCCAAAAGACGACAAAUCACAGAAAGCCACAGAAACACGACCAGUGACAUCAGAGCACAUUCAAGUUGCUCUUUGGGGUCGUCGUUCCAGUAAGUGAAUCAUACACAAUAGAUAAUGUCAUUGCAGUCGACGUGAAGAGAACGUGUCACGGCGUGAUUCUGAUAAGCGAUUCCUGAGAGUGAAUCAAGGUUCCCGCCUGUCAAAAAGAGUCCACAUACGACGAUCUAGGUAACACAACUGCCAUAUUACAGCCUUUAACACAUCAUAUUAAUUAAAUAGCACUAAAUAACAAUAUCUAUCUUACACUCUAACAAUUUCAGUUCGGUUGAGAUUCCUAGGCCAAAGCGAUUCAGCAGUGGAGCCAAGGAACUUCGUAAAGAACGACGAAAACGGUUGGGAACGGACACCAGCAGCGGUUCCAGUAGAUCCAAAAAGACCAACUCCUCAUCCUCAAGUGUUCAGAAACACCUCCCGAAGUACAUUCAGUCUUUGUUCAGGAACAGAAUGGGUACCGACCCUUGUAAACGACACACCCGAGGUGAUUCCUCUCCAGACUCCAACACCAGUGGCUCCGAAGCCGUGAUUGAAUUCACGAAGAAACUUCAGAAUAUUCCACCAUUGAGGAAAGAGACGAUGCGUCAGAAGUACAAAAAGGAAGGUCAUCAAGACUCUGGAGGCAGCGAGCAGAAGGCCAAGAGCAUGGGCUACAGCUACCUACCUGAGCUCGAAAUAAACGGUGCAUCUCCACCCAGAACUCCCAUCCCCCAGAACUCAAUCGAUGGGGGAACUUCACUUCUGGGCGGAAAUCAAAAUCGCCGGCCUUCUAGCCCCCAAGCCAUACCUGGACUGCCACUGAUCGAGAUCAGAAGACCGUCAGCAUUGUCCCAAUUCGAAUUCGGAUACUUCGUCAACUCUCCUGAACUGGUCGGUGGAAAUGAUUCCGACUGUGCACCACUACUGCUCAGUGGCAAUGGUGCUGCUGUUGGGUCCAGAAAGUCAUCAGACGGUAAGACAAUGUUACAAAUCAGAAUACAACAGAGCCUAAUUAGUUAAUUGACAACACAUCUGAUUGUUUCAGAAAGCUCAAUGUGCGGAUGGAGUUCACGAGCCAGCUCGGCCAUGAGUCAGCGCUCAUCCUCUGGCGGACUCAGACUCUCGACCUUUUCAGCAGGGACUUCAAUUGCUUCUGACAAUUCUGGUCCCUUUCUCUUUAGUUUUGUUUUGAGGAAGCGAGCAUCAACAAUAGGAACGCGAAUUCCACUACCAAAGCGAGCAAUCAGCCGGUCUUCGGGGGACAGCCUCCGAGUCCCUGACAGAGAGGUAGGUGCCCCAACCUCACCUAACCACCUUUCUAGAGCCCGCUUCAGAUCGUGUCGGGCAUUGACAUGAGCCCGGACUUCCAAUGCAUCAGACAGUUGUUGUUGAACCUCCUGUUGAUGUACACAAACAAAAGCUCCAACUUUGUGACGACCUUGAAGAGCUGUUCCGACGUCCUCAGACAGAUCUUGAACUCUCCUCAGCACCCAACUGUCAAAAACUGGUGCACUGACAUAAUGGCAGUGGUGAACAACCAGCUGGAGACAGAAGAAGAGUGCAAGCUGGAAUCUGACGAAAAGACCAACGAUGAGUAUCUAGAUGUAGGUAUAACAAUAUGAGCAGUAAUCUUAUACAAUUAGACAAAAGGAAACUAUUUAUGAUAAUAUACUUUUAGUUGCAAGACCAAAUCAUAAGCGGGUCACUUCCGUGUCCCAAAGACGAAGCCGCCUUGUUAGCGUCAAUACAAUUGUGUGUGGAGGAGAAUUGGCCUUCCAAUAAGAGAACACAAACCAUUAGAAGGCAUUUACUCAAAGGCCAAUUCGGUAAGUCCUUCAUAAACAACAUUCCACAAGUUCAAAGUAUCAAGUCUAUUACAUAAAAAGUACUUUUUUAUAAAGAUAACAUUGAUGAUGUAGGUCGAAUACGAGACUUGGCCCAAAAGAUUAUGGUAACACCAUGGGAGGUAGACCAGAACCUCUACUGUACUCCGCCACGUACAUUCAGUGAGACUGUAACUCGGAAACCGUCAAUAGGCAUCCCGGAACAAAGGAGAAGGUCGCUGACACUAUUCGGUUGUAUGUCUGACCCUGAUCCCACAGUAUCCUCUGAUAUUCAAGCACAAUGCCUACCGGUCGACCUGAGAGGCGACCGAAGAACAAUCAAGAUGAUAAGAGAAAGAAAGAGGAAGCUGUUCCACAGUCAGGUCUACGAAUCAGAAACCGGCAUGAAGAAGCUCUACAUCCAGGUAAAUACACUGAUACAAUCGUUAAUAACACAUAAUAUAUAAGCAUAUAAUGCAUUCUAUACUAUUACAAUAAAUGUAAAUUUAAGACAUGUAAAAAGUUACCAUCCUACGGAUGCAAGGUAUUCCAAGUCAAAGAACUGCUUCACGGUCGAUCUCUUCGAAAAGUAAGUCAAACCAAUACCUUAUAUUACCCUUUAGACUAUGCGAUUACUUUGUCUGAGCAGUUCUGUGUUAUGCCUAUUGGACGGUAACUCGAAGAUGGUACUUAAACGACAACAUGCUAGUACUCUUCAGCAAUGGCGAGUUGGGGGAGGUGUCUCCAAGCACCAAUUACUCCUCGAAUUCCGAGGAAACAAGUGGCAAUUGAUAGGUAAUGUUAUUAUCUCUUCUUAUCACAUCUUAUUUUAGCCCCUAGUUACAACGGUCUCAAGUCCAUCUCGAUGACAUUGUGGGAGAUCAUGCAGAACAGGACCAACUUCCUCGUUCAGAAGUCCUUCAACAGGUCUGGAAAACAAACUCUCGCCAUAAUGGAUGUCAAAAGUAAGUACAGAGAGUAACAAAGUUGCAUAUGAUUAGGUAUAACAUCACGGACGGAGUCAUUAGCAUCAACAGCUUCAACGUUCAGAGAUGACCUAGGUAUCACAGAGCCUAUCACGUUAUUCAGAUUGGAACUGGAACGGCUUCAGUACAUACUACACUUCCCUGAAGAGGUGGCAUUCCAGGUAUGUAGACUCCUCUCAUGAUUAUAUGAUACUUUUACUUUAGCUCACCUCCACCGAAUACCAACUCUUCUACAACAUUGCUCCAAUCGAUUACAUUCGAUACGUUGGGUGUGACUUGGCCUCGAUAAACAUCGUGGACAACCCCAGCCCAGUCAAGAACUUGGUCAAACGGCUGAGUGAAGUCAGUUCCUGGAUCACCCAUGUUAUCAUCAGCCAACCGACUCACGAAGACCGAAAGAAUUGUCUCCUCGCCAUUAUAAGGGUGAUUGAUACCUGCUGGAACAUUGGCAACUUCAACGCUGCCGUGGAAAUCCUCAUGGGCCUAAAAUCGACCAAACUUCGACCGUUUUGGCUCUCGCUAAAACAAGAUGAACGUCGAAGAUACGAAGAGUUCGUGGAAAUUCUGGUACCUCACGAUGACACGCCACCACACCACGUCUACAUCGAAGCCAUCCAACGCGCUCUCAGGAUGUCCCAAGCUAGGGUUAUUCCUUUCUUCGGGACCUUCCUUCGUGAUCUCUAUGCGAUAGUAAACGACAUACCUAAUAUUGUACUCAUGAACAAUGACCAAGACGUCGACAGGUUGAAGUUUGUGCACGACAUCAACGGAGAUGACCACUUCUCCAGUACUAUCGGAGUUGGAGGUCUUCUGAACACUGAUAAAAUAUCCCUUGUGUCUGUGGUUCUCGAGAACUUGGACACUUUUCAUGCUCAUCACAAUCAAAUGGGCAAAUAUGUUGAGAACAGCGCGGAAAACACAGGUAACAAUAAUAUACAGAACAGAAAUAUACCUUUAAAAUUAUUAGCUUCUUAUUAAUUUCCGAAUAAUUAUUCGAAGAAAGACGAAGAAAUUUUAUGAAAAGGUUAUUUCAAAAUUAGAAAAUGUUUCAAAACGAAAUGUCACAAAUUCAUUUAACGAUUUUACAAAAUUAUUUUUCCGAAAAAUAUUUUUUUCCAAAUAAUUGACAAAAUAUAAAUUCAGAUAACGAAACAGAAGACGCAAAGCCUUACGAUCCAGUCAGCGUUAUACCUGGUUCGUCACACGGUAUUUCAGUAAUACCUCUAAACACAUCUACAUUCGAUUUGGAUGUGAUUCAAAGGAUCCAACAUGGAACUACUGCCAUCCAUUACGACCCGGAUUCUGGCCGGAGUGUUUUGUGUAAGCUGAGUCUGGAUGCUUCUUGUUCUACUAUAACAUGGAAAAGGAUUUACUAUGGUGGAAAGGAAGGUAAAGACAAAGAUAUCACACCAUUGGCCCGUAACAAUCAACAGCUUGGAGACUUCACCAAGAGCUACGUCAACAGCCGACCUCGAGAUGCUGCCAACUUCGCGUUGGAGGAAGGAUACAUCAGAACAAGCUACAUUAAGGCCAUCGAACCCGUUGAUUCUUACGAUAUUGACAUUGAGAACAUCUACAAGCGGCAUUCGAACGAAGAAAUGUCUGUCCCCGUGUUUUGUUGGACGAUUAACUUUGGUUGUGUGUUGAAUGACAAUGAAUUCUUGUACUUUUUGGCUCCACAACAGAUUGCCAAUUACUGGAUAAAUGGCUUGCAAAAGGUAUGUUAUUAUUGUUAGUACAUAUUUUUAUGAAUAAUAUAGCAGCUUUUUAAUUGAAUUAGUGUUGCUUAACUUUAAAUUUUGUAGGUGAUGAAAUGUAUCCAUGAACAGAAUAAAAAGCCCGAUCGGCGAGUUUUGUGGUUGAAAAAGUUGUACCUCCAACUGUACCAUGAGUGUGAGAAAGAUACAUGCUACACAGAGUACAAACGGUUUGGCCCCAGACCGAUUGAAGCACUUCAGGUAACAUUUCUUUUUAGAUAAGACGUAUAAAUACAAUGAUUGCAUAACACUUUUACAUGUGUAAUAUAUUGUAAUAUUGUGCCAAAAUGAGGUAACCUCAAUCACUUUUUAUUUGUAGGCUUUUGGUGGAAGAGUGGAGAAGUGGAGAAGCCUUGGAAUGAGUCAGAACCUGCCAGCCUGUUCACGUCCCACAGAUUCCAGCUCGUCGACCGAUGGCGGUGGUGCCAAAAGUCGGCUGAAGCAGAUGACCAUUGCCGUGACGAGAAGAGUGAAAGGAACGUCCAGAGAUUGUAGCCGAAGCCAGUCGCCCCAGCCUCAGUCCCCACUCGUAAGACCUCCUUCUAUCAAGAGUCAACUUUCGAGUCAGAGCGGUCCCCCAGGCCCCAACAGCCCAGGCUACCUUCUGAAGCCGCGUGGAGACACAGCCCUCUCAGACGCCGGAGACCUCGAUUCUUUGUACACGCCCCGCUCCAGGACUCCAACAUCCAGUUCGUACGGUGGUCGGUCAGUGGGAGGUAGGUCGGUGAGGUCGUGGAGAUCUCGAGGUGGAGAAACACCCAACUCUGGCUCCAUCAGUAGCAGUGGGCAGGUCUCGGGAGGCCUGUCGGGCAAGGAAUACCAAGAGAAGCCGGUCCAUUUCACAGAGUUUCUGGAGCUGUAUCGACUGUUCAGUACGAGGAUGAGGAAGGAUCUGAAGUAAGUUUGAAGCAAGCUUGAUAUGGCAACAAUUAUUGCAUAUCAAACUCGUGUUUUGUCAUAAUAAUUUCAGAAAAAACUCGUUUUAAUUUCUUAAAAAUAUAACUGAUUUAUUCACCAAACUCAAAACUUUAUGAUUUUCCAUACAAAGGCAAGGGUGGGGUAUUGUACCCUGUCUUAAGCCUAGGCGUGAAAACAACUGACCUUUUUAGGGAUCUGUUCAAUGAAUGUGUUAUCCAUGCCAGUACUGCCAAUUGUCAUGUCACGAAACGAGAACGCGACAAGCAGAGUCCACGGCUUCAGUCCAGACUGGAAUCAAUCUCGACUUGUCAGAUUCCAGACUUCAUCCCCGACGGUAAGGUUGAUGUAUUCUAGUUAUGAUAACAUUAUUAUAAUGAUAAUUUUAAAAUGAUUAAAAUUAAGUUGUUUUUAGAUUUAUUAUUAGAUGAAGGGUUUAUAUGUUACUCUUGUAGAUGUCCUAACACGGAAUUCUUCUUCCCAUUACAUCCAUCUGAACGACAAACAGAUGAAGAUUUACAAUGCUUUGGCCUUGGCUUCAGUCAGCAGCGCUGGCCUGAUGGACACGUCCAGGAAUGUCGUUUUAACUCCGGCGGCGAUAAAACAGUUUAUUCUAACACAACAGAUGGAGAAGGUGGACGACACCUACGUCCUCAAGUUGAUUCAAGAACACGAGCCUGACCCACUCUUCAGAAACAAGAAUCUGAUGUCUUUUGAAGGAUUCGUACGGUACCUUCAAGACCCCACCAACUACGCCUUCGUUCCCGAAGAAGUCAAGGUGUCCCAAGAUCAGUUGGAGUACCCAAUCAGCUGUUAUUACAUCAGUUCAAGUCAUAACACCUACUUGACCGGACAUCAGCUGAAGGGCGAGUCUUCGGCUGAGAUGUAUCGACAGGUAAGCUGUAGUUACACAAUGUAUAAGUUUUUACAUCGAGAAUGAAAUGUUAUUGGGACAAGAUAUAUCAUGAUUGUAAUGGAUAAAUGUAAUAUGUUAUUGUAGGUUCUGCUGACUGGAUGUCGUUGCAUUGAACUGGACUGUUGGGAUGGGGAUGACGGACUUCCUUUGAUAUAUCACGGACAUACCUUUACCUCUAAAAUCAGCUUCCGCCAGGUGGUCGACAUCAUCAAGAAGAGCGCUUUCUUGACUUCAUCGUUGCCCGUGAUUUUGAGUAUCGAGAAUCAUUGUUCGCUACAGCAACAGGCCAAGAUGGCUCAGAUGUUCAAGGUAAUAAUUGUUGACAAUAAGCCCUUAGUUUUCAGAAUAAUGGUUACUGUUAUUGAUUUUACUUACAUAUUUAAUUUAUAAAUUGCAGACCGUGUUCUCUGACAAACUGGUGUCCAACUUCUUGUUCGACGCCGACUACAGUGACAAUCCCAAACUACCGUCACCGUGGCAGCUACAGAACAAGAUCCUGAUCAAAAACAAGAAGAUGACGAUGGAGCCAACCGUCGGAUUCGGCUUCGACAAGUUGAUCAACACCGAGUACAACCUGGGACCACGAAGCCACAAACAAAGCAGAUGUUCGUAUGAUUCAUCGACCAUCGACGACGUUGAUGAAGAUGACUUCGACGAGUUUCUGGAUGACGAAGAUCAGGAGACAGAUGACGCAGAAGACGCUCGAACUGACGUUGAAAGUCCCAAAGUACCAGUCAUAAAAACUCCGAAAAGAUCGACCAGUCAAGGAUCAGUGAACAGCUUCAUCAGCGACAGAACCAACACCACCAGGAACGACAAGAAGAUGGUAGGGUACAGUAUGAUAAUUUGGUAAAUGUGGCAUUUUAGGAUUUCAAAGAAGACGAAGUGUUUGUCAGAAGGUCGCCUGCUCGAAUAGCUGGACACCAAAUAGCUCCAGAACUGUCGGAUCUUGUUAUCUACACACAAGCUGUCAAGUUUAAGGUAGGCUUACUACACUAAAGUCAGAUUCAUAUUCCUUAAUGUCAACUUAUAACAUUACACUUCAGGCCCAUUUGAAAGGUUUCGUAGCCGGAGAAGAAAGUUACAGUAGAUCUCGCGACGAGUUAGAGCUCAAGUUACAGAGUAUUAAUAUGCCGAAAAUGAGGUCGCAUGCUCCAAGUCUAUUGAGCUACGUUGGACCUCCGAAGAGACAAAAGAGUAGCAGUCAGAUAUCGACCGACUCUUUGAAGAGCACAGAUGACAACAUCCCUACACCCUCGACUACAGUAACCGGCCGACCCAUGGCCCACGCUUCUUGUUAUCAAGUGACUAGUCUAACUGAAGCGUCGGCCAGGAAGUUAUGUCGUAAACACCCUCUGAAGUGCAUCAACUACACCAGAAGUCACAUUAUGAGGACGUACCCUGGAGGUAUGAGGAUCGACUCUUCCAACUUCAACCCGCUUCAGUUCUGGCAGUUCGGCCUUCAGAUGGUGGCCUUGAAUUACCAGACAGCUGACGUCCCCAUGGCUCUAAAUGCAGCCAUGUUCGAACAGUCUGGAAACAAUGGCUACAUCCUGAAGCCUCGACCUUUAUGGGAUCCUACUCAUCCCUUAUACAACAAGUUCAACCCAUUGUCCAAAGAGUUAAACAACUGUUCCGCUCUCAUACUACAAUUGACGGUAAGUCUUCCACUUCAUUGUUUCUAAUUCAGAAUAUUUACCCAAACUUGUCUCGAAAUAGUACUCUCUGAAUGUUUUAGGUAAUAUCUGGCCAAUAUGUAUGCCCCAACCAAUUCACGGCCAGCCCCUUCCUCGAGAUUGAAAUCCUCGGAAUCCCGGCCGAUUGCUACAAAGAGAAAACAAAGAUCGUUGGUCGAAACUCGGUGAAUCCUGUCUGGAAUCACACCGUCACCUUCAGAAUCCGGUUUGUGGAGUUGGCCUUCUUGAGAAUCGCGGUUUGUGACGGAGCCGCCAAUGGAAAGUGCAUAACUCAACGUAUCGUGCCUGUCAGGUGUCUGAGACCCGGCUACAGACAUCUACCACUCCGUACGGUGGCCAAUCAGCCUCUGGAGCAGUCGGCAUUGUUCAUUCGGACCAGAUUUGAGGAAGAACAACACAUAUACCUACAUGACGAUGAAGAAGUCAACAUAUACUCUAACUAUAAACCGGAACUGGCUUAUCAGAUACUCAAAAUCGAUCCGGUAAGCCAAAUCCACAUUUCGCAAUAUUUGUUUUCGCAACAUUUGAGUUUUGCGCCGAAAAUGGCGAAAACAGUGGGCGCAGUUUGGAAGGGUUUUGCAGGUUGCGGAAACUAAUUAUACGAUAAACUUUCGAAGUUGCUUUUGAAAAUAAAAAUUUUUUUGUUGUUUUACUGAUUUUAUUAAUGCGUUUUUAGGAAGCAGAUGUUCAGCCAUUAUCAGUUAUCAAGAAACAGAUAUUCAUCAUCAAGAUUACUGGUCUGUACGCUGACGAUACUCCUGUUAUCGUGCACGCAGAGUCUGGUACUACUGUUAGAUGCGUUGUUCAGUCUGUAAGUUAUUUAUCUGGACAUUAGAUGAGCAUAUUAUGAUGGUUAUUUUUUGCUUUAGUUAUUUUUUCUUUUUGUGUUUGGAAAAUGUAGAAACUAUAAUAUUUUAAACCUAACUCUGCUUCAGGCUUUGAACAAUGUUGGCAAGUCAGGAGAGAAUGCAGAUGACUAUAUUCUACUGGAGGAAAGUCUGAAUUGCACAGCUCCAUCACCGAUCAUGGAUAACAACGAGUACAGAGACAUUCCGAGUCAGAAGAUUCUGCCUCACGGUGAACCCAUCAUGGACGCUGUAGCGUGCUGGAACGGUGUGGCCAGGAGAUUCCAUUUGAGGAAAAAGAGCUCGGUAAUAGACUUUGAAAUGAACUAACUAUAAUACAAUAUAACAAUUGUAUUGAGUAUGGUAUAUGUGUAUAUAGAGCUAACUAUGUUGUCUUACAGGACCCAACCGGUCGAGCCUGGAUCUCGUCGAUAAUCAAGAGCGGCGGUGCUAAUUCUAUUUCAAACACGGCUAGUCCAGCCUUUGGCCAGAAUAGAAAAGGAGCAGGACCGUCGACUUCUGGAGCGACUUCAGAAGUUUCCGUUGGUGGUUCUAUUAGUCCAGGAGGAAUGUCUCGGACUAGUUCACGAAAGAGUCCCAAGCACCAGUUAUCUUUCCAGCUGGCUGGCAGGAGUUUGGACGUUGAAGCUCUUCCUUCUCCAGACUUCCUUGAACCGACUGGUAGGUAUAGCUUUCAAGUUGUGAUAAUAUUGAUGUAGGUAUGCAUCCGAGAGCACGAUCGAUGGGAGAGACCUUCUUGGUCUGUGUACACGACGUGAGUGACAGUCAUCCGUAUGCCAUUUUGAGGACCAGUAUCCACAACACGGCGAAUGAUCUUAUCAAACAAGUAGGUCUUUUUUGUUUUAUCUUUUUAUUAUGCCUUAAUCAUAAAACAUACUUUCUUACAUUACUCCUGGUUAUAUUGCAGAUCUUGGUCAAGUCUCAGAAAUACGAACCUAACGAAGAAGACUUUGUCAUCAUAGAAGAGCUGGGUGACAUUGGCAACGACUCUCCUCGUAUCAGUAAGUAAUGUCAGAUAGAUUUAGUUGUAAAUGAUAAGAAAAACGAACAGUAUAUUGUCAUAGGUUAUCUACUCUACACUAUUUUUGACUAUAAUAAUACUUUCAGCCGGAGGGAAGAUGAGUUUGGAUGGAUCUUUGAAGAGCCGAGUAUGGAGAGUAUUGGGUGACGACGAAAACGUCUGGAAGGCACAAUGUAGGUGGAACACAGCUGGAAGAUUCAGAUUGGCACAGAAGGGGGAUGUGGCCAAAUACGAAAAAGUAAGUUUUGAUACAGUAUUUAAAUUAAGUGUGUAAUGUGUUAGCAAAUAUUAAGGUAUAGUAGGUAGCGAUGUAUAGUGAUAUAUAUCACAAACUAGUGCAUGUUACCUCUGAUAUAAGGCUAGUUGUUACAGAUCCAGAAGCCAGAUGUUAACCAUAUAAUCAGAGCUCAGCGAAAGAUAUCUCUGGCUAGUCUGGACUCGUUACCACGUCGUAUCUCGCAGUUUGGAAAGUCGCUUACUAUAGACAAUGCCCGCAAUAAUUAA